AUGCCGUCAAGCAGUGUCUUCGUCUUCAUUGUCCUUUGUGUUUCUUUUCUGGUCAAUAAUGCUGCUUCUGUUGAUUAUGGAGCAGCACUCACUAAAAGUUUGUUGUUUUUUGAGGGCCAACGUUCAGGGAUUCUGCCACCCGACCAGAGAGUGAAAUGGCGAGGAAAUUCGGGACUUCAAGAUGGUCAAGAUGCAAGAAUUGACCUUGUGGGUGGAUACUAUGAUGCUGGAGACAACCUGAAACUUGGGUUCCCUAUGGCAUUCACCAUAACAAUGCUUUCAUGGAGCACACUAGAAUUCAGAGACAAACUUCAAAACAACAAUGAGCUUUCAAAUGCUUUGAGUGCCAUCAAAUGGGGAACAGACUACUUCCUGAAAGCACACCCACGACCAGACACGUUGUACGGAGAAGUUGGUGAUGCUGAUUCAGACCAUGAAUGUUGGGAAAGGCCCGAGGACAUGACAACACCUCGCGGUGCCUACCAGAUCAAUGACGAAAACCCGGGGUCUGAUCUUGCUGCUGAAACUGCUGCUGCUCUUGCUGCUGCUUCGUUAGUGUUUCGGCCUGUGGAUCCAAAAUAUGCAGCCAGAAUGCUAGUUCAUGCAAUGCAAUUGUUUGACUUUGCUAUCAAUAAUGAAGGAUUGUAUCACAAUAGUAUCCCACCAGCUCAGAAAGUAUACUCCAGCAGUGGAUAUAAGGACGAAUUUCUGUGGGCAGCAGCAUGGCUAUUUCGUGCGACCAAAUUGACAAAAUACCUUGAUUACAUGGCAGGAUCAGACACAGGAGGAGUAAGAACAGUGUUCAGUUGGGACGACAAGUACAUUGGUGUACAGAUUCUAGCUGCAAAGCUUGUUUUAGAAGGUGACGCAGAACCAUCAGGGAUUUGGGUUGAAUACAAGGGAAAUGCAGAGCAAUUCAUAUGCUCUUGUGCGCAGAAAUCAAGCCAAAACGUGAAAAAAACACCAGGGGGUCUCUUAUGGUUUCUGCCAUGGAAUAAUAAUCAAUACGUUUCCACUGCUGCUUUUGCAAUGUCUGCUUAUUCUAAAUAUUUAUCUGAAAAUCAAGCAAACUUCAUGUGCACUGGUGCCAAUGUAGGUCCUUCUGAUCUCACAUCUAUUGUCCGCUCUCAGGUGGACUACAUCUUGGGUUCUAACCCCAAAAAUAUGAGCUACAUGGUGGGAUAUGGAACAAAUUAUCCGCAACAAAUUCAUCACAGAGGAGCAUCAAUUGUAUCAAUAAAUGAGGAUAAUGCACCAGUAACAUGUAAGGGAGGCUAUGACUCGUGGUUCAAUAAGAACGCGCCAAAUCCAAAUGUAUUGGAUGGAGCAGUUGUGAGCCCAGAUAUCAAUGAUGAUUAUCAAGAUAGUAGGAGUAACUUCCAGCAAGCAGAGCCAACAACUGUUACUAGUGCACCCUUAGUUGGUGUUCUUGCUUUUCUAGCUUAAUUAGAUUAAUUUGUAGUAUUUCUUAAUUAUCUUUAAG